AUGGAGGAGCCCCCAGUGGGGUUCCCUGCGGGGCCCAGCGGGGACGUGGGCCUCUCUCUGGUCCGCGACCCUCUCGCAUUCCUCGAGAACAUGCAGCGGGAGCACGGCGACGUGGUCGGAAUGGCGCUGGCGGGCGCCAGGGUGGUGCUCGUGUCUUCGCCGCUCGCCGCCAGGCACGUCAUGGUCGACGCGGCGUCGAGCUUUCAGAAGGAGGGCACGGCGUUCUUCCCCGGCUCCUCCCUCGCCGGCGAGGGCCUCCUGGUCAGCGACGGCGAGGUGUGGAGGCGGCAGCGGCGGCUCUCGAACCCCGCGUUUCGCGAGGCGGCCGUGCAGGGCUACGUGGGUGCCAUGACAGCGUGCAUGUCAGACCUGCUCGAGGGGGAGUGGCAGGACGCACGCGGACGCGCGCGCGACGUGUACGCGGACUUCAACGAUCUCACGCUGCGCGUGGCGACGCGCGCGCUGUUCGGGGAGGACGCAACGGGGCCGGCUGCGGAGAGAAUCAACUCGGCAAUCGCGCUUGCGUUCGAGUACUUCGGACAGCGGGCGGCGACGGGCUUUGCGAUCCCCGAGUGGGUCCCGACCCCGGGCAACUCCCGGUACAACGCGGCGGUGCGCGACCUCGACGAGGCGGUCUACGGCAUCAUCGCAAAGCGGCGCGCCGCGCUGGACGCAGCGCCGAGCGGCGCCCCGCAGCCGAACGACCUGCUCACGCGGCUCAUCCUCGCACGGGACGACGAGGACGAGGGCGGCGGCGGGAUGGACGACCGCUCGCUGCGGGACGAGCUCAUGACGCUGCUGGUGGCAGGGCAGGAAACCUCCGCCAUCGUGCUCGGCUGGACCUGCCACAUGCUCGCGCAGCGGCCCUCGCUGCAGAACGAGGUGUCCCGCAGCGUGCGGCGCACGCUGCGCGGGCGGCAGCCGGGCUGGGGUGACCUUCCGGACCUGUGGGAGGUCGAGGCACUGCUACUCGAGUCUAUGAGACUGAUGCCGCCUGCUUACCUGGUGGGGAGGUGCGCGGCGGAGGACGUGCAGGUGCAGGGGCACAGGAUCCCGCAGGGCACGACUGUGCUGAUCAGCCCGUACCUGAUGCACCGCGACGCACGGUACUGGGACCGCCCGGGGGACUUUCGGCCUGACAGGUGGUAUGAGUUCUUGCGAGGACCGGGGCGCGGGCGCGGGCAGCUGGGCUCGAUGGCGCUCAUGUCGAACCUCGGCCCGAACGGCGCGUACUUGCCCUUCGGGGCCGGUCCGCGGAACUGCAUUGGGACGAGGUUCGCGCUGGUGGAAACGACGCUGCUGCUGGCGACGAUUCUGCAGCGGACGCUGCUGCGGCCGCCGACGGGGCUGGCGGCGCUGCGGCGGCCGGCGGUGGAGGCGCAGCCGCUGAUCACGCUGCGCCCGGGGCCGAUAUGGCUCGAGGUGCUGCUGCGGCCACACUGGGACGGAAACGUAGGAAAAGGGAGAUUGUGA